UUCAGGUUUUGUCGAUGUUAUCGAUUUUGUUUACUCUUCACGUUGAUAUUUCGUUUACUUAAAAUGGUGAUAACGCCGGUAUAGUAAAUUUAUUGCAUGGUAAUUUUAUUAAUUUUAAUAAUCUGCUAUGCCUUCAGCAUAGUCAACUCUGAAAAUACCGAGAGAAAGACAUCUAAAUUCUUUGAAAUUGAUUCAGAAGUUUGAAGAGAAUAUUUAGAAAAUGAGAAAAAGAAAUUUAUAUUUUUCAAUUUGCACAGGCAUCGAAGAACGCUAGAACUGGAGGACAUUCAUUCGUACCAUGAUUUGGAAAUAAGUGUAAUUUGUUUAGAAGGUGCCUACUAAGAUGAAGGAAAGCAUUUUCUUGGAACCAAUACGAAAAAGUUACUGUCACUAAGCUUGUACAAUAGAUAGAAACUUGAAAUUUUAAAGCAUCAUUGAAUUUUCUUCUAAAAACUGCACUCAUACGAUUUGUGCUGUAAAUAAUUUUCUCAACCACAAAAAUUAAAGCUACAUUUACGGACACAUGUAAAAGAGAGAAACCACUCAUUUACAAGAUGUGUAGUGACACAUAUUCCGAUCAGAGCAAUUCAGAGACACACAAGGAGGUGCAUUCUGAAAAGAAACCUUACACUUGCUGGUGUAAUAAAGCAUUUUCUGAGCUGCAAAAUUUAAAUACGCAUUUAUUAACUCAUAAGAAAAAGAAACUAUAUGCUUGCGAGAUUUGUGGUAAAAAUCUUUCCACACGUCAGGGCCGAAAGAUACAUCUAAUGACGCAUACGAAUGUAAAACCAUACUCCUGCAACAUAUGUAGCAAAGUGUUUUCUCAGCUGUAUCAUUUGAAGAGACAUUUGCUGAUUCAUACGAACGAGCAGCCUUACGCCUGCAAUUUAUGUAGCAAAAUGUUUUCCCGACAUCAUCAUUUUAAGACACAUUUAUUGACUCAUGCGAAUGUGAAACCGUACGUCUGUGAAAAAUGCAAUAAGUCGUUUUUCGAAAAAAGCAAAUUAACGCGACACAUACUGACACACUCGAAUGAGAAACCUUAUACGUGUGACAUAUGCAGCAAAACAUUUUCUCAGAAAUAUAAUCUAAAUGCACAUAAGUUGACGCACACUAAAGAGAAACCAUACACUUGCAAUAUUUGUAGCAAGACAUUUUCUCGGAAACCACAUUUGAAGAUGCAUUUACGAACGCACACGAAAGAGAAACCAUUUGCUUGUGAUUUAUGUACUAAAGUAUUUGCUGUUAGGAAUGAUUUAAAUAGACAUUUAAUGACCCAUUCAGAAGAGAAACCGUACACCUGCGAAAACUGCAGUAAAGCUUUUUAUACGCGACGAGAGCUAAAAACUCAUUUUUUUAUACAUAUGGAUGAAAAACCGUACACUUGCACCUUAUGUGAUAAAGGAUUUUCUAUUCUGGGAAAAUUAAAGAGACACAUACUGGUGCACAAUGAGAAACCGUAUGGAUGCAAGUCGUGCGGUAGAGCAUUUAUCGAUGAAGAACGUUUAAAAACACAUUCAAUAAUUCAUACGAAAGAGAAAUCAUUUGUCUGUGAAUUUUGUACUAAAGCAUUUGCUUUGAAAACUGCUUUAAAGGCGCAUUUAUUGACACAUUCGGAAGAGAGACCAUUUGUGUGCAAUGUGUGCAGCAAAGCAUUUCCUCGGAGGUAUAAUUUAAAUAGACAUGUGCUGACACACACGAAAGAAAAAUUGCAAGAAAGUGUAAAUUAUUUAUCUUUUUCAGGUUUUAAUUCUUUAGUAGAUGUAAAAGCCAAAAUUGUCCACCAAGAACAUUUAAUAAUACCUUUAUCCAACAAUAACAAUGAGAAACCACAUGUUUGUGAAAUGUGUAAUGAAGAAUUUUUGCAGCAAAGUCAUUUAAAGAGACAUUUACUGACUCAUAAAAAAGUGAAGUUACAUGCCUGUGAGGUAUGCAGUAAAACCUUUUCUACUCAGGGUCAACUAAAACAACAUUUACGGGUGCAUACCAAAGAAAAACUGUAUAUCUGUGAAUUCUGUAAUAAAGCAUUUUGUCAACAAGGAAAUUUAAAUAAACAUUUGCUAACACAUACGACAGAAGAGCUUUAUGAUUGUGAGAUAUGCGGUAAAGCUUUUUCACAACAAGAUUAUUUAAAGAAACAUUUACGGGUGCAUACAAAAGAGAGACCCUUUGCUUGCCAAACAUGUAAUAAAGCAUUUCCUUAUCAAGGAACUUUAAAGAGGCAUUUAUUAACUCAUGCAAAUGAAAAGCCAUAUGCAUGUGAGGUGUGCAACAAAGGAAUUUCUACAAAGACUUCUUUAAGGAGACAUUUAUUGAUGCAUAAAAUGGAGAAACCAUGUAUCUGCCCUUUGUGUAGUAAAGCUUUCUAUGAGUCAUCAGAAUUAAAGAAACAUUUACGGGUGCAUACAAAAGAGAAACCUUAUAUAUGUGAGGUAUGUAAGAAAGCUUUCUCACAUUUGUCAGAUUUAAAGAGACAUUUACAGACGCACACAAAAGAAAAACCACAUACUUGCGAAAUCUGCUGUCAAGCAUUUUAUCGGCAAGAGCAUUUAAGGACACAUAUGUUGACACAUACAAAAGAGAAGUCAUAUCCCUGUGAAAUCUGCAAUAAAAUGUUUUCUCGUCAGGGACAUGUAAAAACACAUAUGCAGACACAUACAAAAGAGAAACCUUAUGUCUGUGAAAUUUGCAAUAAAGGAUUAUCUCGAUUGGAACAUUUAAAGACACAUAUGCGGACACAUACUAACGAGAAACCAUAUUCCUGCAAGUUGUGCAGUAAAGCCUUCAUUACGUCUUCAGAUUUAAAGAGACAUUUAUACACUCAUUCAAAAGAGAAGCCAUUCACAUGUGAUGUGUGUGGUAAAAGAUUUUCUCAUCAACAUAAUUUGAAAACCCAUUUGCGGAUACAUACAAAACAAAAACCUUAUGUCUGUGUAAUUUGUAAUAGAGCAUUUUCUCAAUUGGGACAUUUAAAUACACAUUUACAAAUUCAUUCCAGAAAGAAACCGUAGAUUUGUGAAGUAUUUGAUAAAACUCUUGCUUUACAUUGAAAUUGACUUUUAUAUUAAUGUAUACUCACUGCAAUGGAUAUCUACUGUUUCAUAUGAAAUGGAGAUUCUAUGUUUUAUAUCUUCUGCAAUCAAGUCUUAUCUUUAUAAAAACAUUUAGAGGAAUUUCUGCUAACUUAUACAAAAGAGAAACUGAAUACCUUUGAAUUUUGCAGUAAAGCAUUUCCUCGGCAGUUCAAAAACUUUUACGAUUAUAAAUGCUUAGGAAACUGAAUGUUGCAACAUAUUUAUACAAGUGUUUGCUUUUGAAACUCCAUUAAAAAAUAUUUAUUGGCAUAUCAAAAAGAAAUCAUACAUAUGUACCAUGCUUUGUGAAAAAAUGUUUUUUUUCUUUUUUUUUAAUAACAAAAAGAUUUAAGGAGAAAUUUAUUGGCAAUUCUGGAAUGAAGCUUGUGCCUGUUAUUUAUAUAAUAAAAUAUUUUCACAUCAAUAACAUUUAGUGACAUUGUGUCACACAUAAACAAAAAAAAAAUCUUAUGAUUGUGAUAUGUAUAGUUAAUCUUUCUCACACAACAGAUAAUUUAUUCAUUCAUAGACAGUAAACAUUAUGCAUUCUUUUUGCCUUUCUUUAGCAAGAAAGGAUAUCUCAGAGUCUUAUUUUAAAUGCAUAACUAAAGUCAUCUCUCAACAUAGUACUUCUUCCAUUGGUGAAUGGUUUGUUGAUUUGUAAAGCCAAAAGUAAAUAUUUUGUAAUGUGAAUGCAGAAUUUUAGGAGUGCAUAUUAGAUAUCAAAAACUUAAUUAAUGAAACAUAUUUUCAUCUCUCUUGGCUUCUAUCAGCUAGAACUUUUUGCAAUUUCAGAAUCUGAAAUUACAAUCUUCAUCUGAAAUUUGUUUAAUUUUGCACUUUUUAAAUAGGUUGUAGGUUUCUUGUUUGAAACCACUACAGAUAAUUUUAACAUCUUGUGAAUGAAUUGGUUAC